AUGCCAGCAAACGCGACGUACCGGCAGGGCGCGGGGCGACAGCGACACCACAAGCACCGCCUUGGGCGCAUGCUGGUGCCGCAUGGCCGUGUUUCCGGGCUACUCUUCACGGUGAACCCUCGACAGGAAUCGAAGGCCCUCCGCGAGCUACAGUUGUACCUGCAGCCCCUCAUCGCCGAUCUCGAGGAGGCCCAGCGGAAGGCGGAGGAGAAGGCAGACGCAAAGGAAGAAGACAGGACAGGUGCGCCAGCGGACCCGACGCAGCGCAAGGAAGAACCGGACUCGCCGCAAAGAGGCGCGGAUGCGGCAGCGCCCGUCCCGCCCUCCACCUCCAGCCUCCUCGAGGCCGAACUGGCCGAGUACGUCAAGGCCGGGGCAGGGGGCCGCCGUGAGGAUAGGAGGCGAAGCAGGGCGGAGGACGCGAGCGGCGCUACAACAAACGACGACGACGAGAGCAACGCGGAUGCGGGGCGGCCGCCUGCAGGGAAGCGGCGGCGACACGAUGCGGAGGCAACCCAACAAACGGCACCGAAUUACCCAAGGUGGUUGGCGCAGCUCGAGACGGGUUGCAAAGGACACCUGAUGGUCAGUAUUCCCUUCCCCGCGGAGGAAUGCAAGACAGCAGCUGUCGAAAAAGAAAAUGAACCAGCCACGGUGGGGGCUCAGAUUUGGACGGAGGGCGCCGCGGAGACGACGGCGCCGCCCCCCGCUUCCACCGAGGAAGCGGAGCGGCAUGGCCAGGGCGCGCCGCCCCAUUCUAUCCUCUACAACCCGCUGGUGCGCACGAUCGUGGAACGCAUUUUUGACGACAUCGAAGAAAACCCGCGCCCGCUCCUGCGAAACUGUUUUCGGCUCAUGCCUUGUGAGCUGACGUGCUGCCCCACCCUGCCGGAGAUGCGCGCGGGGCUGGAGCGCCUCGUGGAAGCGCACUUUCCUCACACGGAAGACCCCCGACGGCUCCACCGCGUGGGCCUUUCUUUCAAGGUUAAGAACAACACAGGGGUAGAGAACAAAAAGGCUUACUUCCGCGCGGCCCUCGAAGCCGUGUUGCCAGCAAACCGCUUCGUAGUUAUUCCGGCGGCCCGGAGCAAGAACUACGACGGCGGGGUGGGGGCGAUGUUCUGCGUUCUUGUUGCGCACGCGACGUGCGCGAUGGGGGUGCAGCGGCGCUUCUCCGAGCGCGGCGAGUUCAACCUUCACGCCUUGGGCGCCAAGCAUCUCGAGCUUUCCUCCUCUGUCUAG